AUGGCCGCGGCCUCGCUAGUACCAACAAUCACAGCCACAUUAAGCCACUCCCUUGGAAUCCUACUACUUCAGAGUGUUUUGAAUUUCCUAAUCAAUUCGUAUAUAUCUUCAGCAACCCUCAGGUCUCAUGUCGUCUCAUCUUUCAGAGACAAAAAUGUCAUCUCAAAUUCUGAAACGACGGUUGAAAGACCAUUGAACAUAUAUCCCGCUCUAUUGGUCACAAUGGUCAACGACUACAAGCAUUUGCCAAGCUGCAAUCCCGGUGUUGCACGAGCGAUCUUAACUUUCGAAGUUUCCAAAGAUCCAACGAACAUCCAAAUGCCAGAUUCAAGAUGUGAAACCACAAAGCUUGUAUAUGACAUCGGCAGUCCAAAGCUUGUAUGCGAUAAUGAUUUUGGAUUCCGCACGUUGCAAUGUAUUGCAUGA